AUGGCUGUCACGGGGGGGAAACCGUCCUUGGAAGCUCAGACAUCGGCGCUAGGAGCCGCCAUGGCAAUGCCUCAUGUUGCAGAAGACUGUACAGAGGCACGACUAGCACUUGUGGAGGCAGCCGGCAAUCAACAUGCACUUUUGGAUGUGGCAGCUGCGAUUGCCUAUUUUUCCUUGAUGACCAAAAUUGUGGACAUGAAUGGCUUUUAUCAUCCUUCCGUCAAUUCAAUCGGUGUCAAGCUGGUGCCUGCAAUCUUUACGGGGGCUCGAAAGAUCCGAGAGUUCAUUUGGUGUAUCGUCAUGUUCCCAUGUGCACUCCUUCUUUGGUGGAAAGAAAGGAAUGCGAAGAACGCUAGUAAAUAG